GAGACAGCGACGGUCCUGCGCCCGCUCGUCGAUCUUGCGAGGCGCGAGUUCGGCGCCGAGCACGAGGUGACGGCGCGGCUGGCGGCGGACCUCACGCGCAGGCCAGUGUGGAAAUCAACCAGACACGAACGGGCGCCUGAAGUUUGAAUUCCACACAGGCGCGCGCUCUACCUCGCGGGCGCGUCUGCGGACGACCUGUUGGAGGCGGAGGCGCUCCGGCGCGAAAGUCUGACGGGCGGCGUGGCUGUAUUGGAUGCGUCGCACGAGGAGUACGUCCGGCGCGAGGAGCUCGUGGCGGCCGCGCGGGAAGUCGGCUGGGAGCCCUUCUCCUGCGAGGAGAUCCGUGCCGUAACACUAGAGAGAUAG